CGCGGACCGAACGCUUGCGAACACCGGAAGUAGUAGGAAGCGCAGUGAGUUGUCUCCCAUUGUCAACAGUGUUUUGUGUGCCAGAGUUUACUGAUGAAAAGAGCCCUUUAUCGGUCGUUAAACAACUUUGAAACGAACUGAACAUUUGACCCGUUCUCACUGACAAUCAGAACAUAAAUACAACGACAAAAUGAACGUGACUCUUGCUGUCAAGCAGUACAUUUCCAAAAUGAUAGAGAGCAGCGGACCCGGGAUGAAGGUGCUGCUGAUGGACAAGGAGACGACCGGUAUCGUAAGUGUGGUCUACACACAGUCUGAGAUCCUGCAGAGAGAAGUCUACCUUUUUGAGCGCAUUGACUCACAAAACCGAGACAACAUGAAGCACCUUAAGGCAAUCUGCUUUCUUCGGCCAACCAAGGAGAAUGUAGAGCACCUGAUUCAAGAGCUUCGCCGGCCCAAGUAUAGUGUUUACUUCAUCUAUUUCAGUAACGUGAUCAGUAAGAGUGAAAUAAAGACUUUGGCUGAGGCAGAUGAACAGGAAGUAGUUGCAGAAGUGCAGGAGUUCUAUGGAGAUUUCAUUGCUGUGAACCCUCAUCUCUUCUCCCUCAACCUUCAAGGAGUAUCCAGGGGUCGCAGUUGGGAGCCCAGUGUACUGCCUCGUGUCACUCAGGGUUUGACAUCAGUGUUGCUGUCCCUGAAGAAAUGCCCCAUGAUCCGCUACCAGCUCUCUUCUGACAUGUCCAAAAGGCUGGCAGAGAGUGUCAAACAAAUCAUUACUAAGGAAUAUGAACUGUUUGACUUCCGAAAAACAGAAGUGCCUCCUCUUCUCCUGAUUUUAGACAGAAGUGAUGAUGCUAUUACUCCCCUUCUUAAUCAGUGGACAUAUCAGGCCAUGGUUCAUGAGCUACUGGGCCUCAAUAACAACCGCAUAGAUCUGUCAAGAGUGCCUGGAAUCAGUAAGGACCUACGGGAGGUGGUCUUGUCUGCAGAAAAUGAUGAGUUUUAUGCAAAUAACUUGUACCUGAAUUUUGGUGAGAUUGGAACGAACAUUAAGAACCUGAUGGAGGAUUUCCAGAAGAAAAAGCCCAAGGACAAACAAAAAUUAGAGUCCAUAACUGACAUGAAGGCAUUUGUGGAUAAUUACCCACAGUUUAAGAAAAUGUCAGGCACUGUCUCAAAACACGUAACCGUGGUUGGGGAGCUGUCUCGUCUGGUCAGUGAAAGACAGCUGAUGGAGGUGUCAGAGGUGGAGCAGGAGCUGGCCUGCCAGAAUGACCACUCCAGUGCACAACAGAACGUGAGGCGGCUGUUGCAGAACCCUCGGGUUUCUGAAAUUGAUGCUGUGCGGCUGGUGAUGCUGUAUGCACUUCGCUAUGAGAAACACAGCAGCAGUAUUCUGCCCAGCCUUAUGGAGGAGCUCAACCGCAAAGGGGUGUCAGAAAGACACCGCAAGAUGGUACAAACCGUGGUGGAAUAUGGUGGCAAACGAGUCAGAGGAAGUGACCUCAUCACUCCCACAGAUGCUGUGGCCAUUACCAAACAGUUUUUCAAAGGACUUAAGGGAGUUGAGAAUAUGUACACACAGCAUCAGCCACUACUACAUGACACGCUGGAUCAGCUGAUCAAGGGUCGUUUGAAGGACAGCCAGUUCCCCUACCUCGGGCCAAGUUCUCUGAGAGACAGACCUCAAGACAUUAUUGUUUUUAUAAUUGGUGGGGCCACUUACGAGGAGGCAUUGACUGUUUACAACCUGAACCGCACAAUGCCGGGGGUACGGAUUGUACUCGGGGGCACAGCCAUUCACAACACUAAGAGCUUUCUGGAGGAAGUGAUGCUUUCAGUAGGUUCAGGUGGUGACAGAACACUAGGCGGAGGCCGUCACCUGAGCCGACGCUGAGCUGUUAUCAUCACUCAUAUUAAUGUGUGCUUACACUCCCAGCACUGUCUGUCCUCUGAACGCUGAGCUGAGCACAUUGUUCUUCUUUUUCUCUCUCCUGACAUUCCUUUAUAAUGUUUCUGAUAGUUUUAGGUAAGAAAAUGGUAACACUGCACAAUAAGCUUCAAUUUGUUAACAUUAAUGGACAAUGAAUAACAAUUUGACCAGCAUUUAUUAAUCUAGGUUAAUGUUAAUUAUAAAUAAUAUAAUUUAAAAACUUAAAUUGUUAAAAAUCUAUCAAUAUAUGUGGAUAUUUGCAUAUUUAGAAAACAUUAACCAAGAUUAAUGAGUACUGUAAUAUUACUGUUCAUUGUUUGUUCAUGAGACCUAACUAAUGUAAAUGAUUUGAAAUGUAUUGUAAAGUGUUAUCAAAAAAUAUAUGUAAGCAUACAUGUUGAUAAUGAUGUGCGAAACACUGUAAAUGUGCAUAACUUUUAUGAUCAUGUGUAAAUAAUGUUUCAGAUGCCCCGAAAGUGUUCACAAUGACAGCAUUUUUAUUUAUUUGCUCGGUGUUGCUGCAUUUGAUAGUUUUUGAACAAAUGACUACAGUAUGUUUCAGUAAAAAAAGAAAAUGUAUAUACAUUCGUGGUAAAAAAUAUCGGCACUUCUGUCAGAAAAUGCAACCCUUCUCUCAGAAAAUUGUUGCAGUUGCAAAUAUAACAAAAAAAACAGAGAAGAAAAGUCAAAUCUGAUACAAUUCCACACAGAACCCAAAAAAUGCACUGGACAAAAUUAUUGGCACCCUUAACUUAAUAUUUGGUAGCACCCCCUUUGGAAAAAAAUAAAUGAAAUCAGUCGCUUCCUGUAACCAUGAAUGAGUUUCUUACACCUCUCUACUGGAAUUUUGGACCUCUCUUCUUUUGAAAAUUUCUCCAGGUCAUUCAGAUUUGAAGGAUGCCUUCACCCAACUGCUGUUUUGAGAUCUCUCCACAGAUGUUCUAUGGGAUUCAGAUCUGGACUCAUUACUGGCCAUUUCAGAACUCUUCAGCACUUUGUUUGUAACCAUUUCUGAGUGCUUUUUGAAGUGUGUUUCGGGUCAUUGUCCUGCUGGAAGACCCAUGACCUCUGGUGGAGACGCAGCUUUCCGACACUGGCCACUACGUUGCGCCCCAAAAUUCUUUGGUAAUCGUCAGAUUUCAUGAUACCGUUCACACAGUCAAGGCAUCCAGUGCCAGAAGCAGCAAAGCAACCCCAAAACAUCUUUGAACCUCCACCAUGAUUGACUGUAGGGACUGUGUUCUUUUCUUUGAAGGCCUCAUUUCUUUUUCUGUAAACAGUGCCAUGAUGUCCUUUACCAAAAAGUUCUACUUUUGUCUCAUCUGUCCACAGUACAUUCUCCCAGAAGGAUUGUGGUUUUGUCACAUAAGUUUUGGCAAACUCCAGUCUUGCUUUUUUAUGCCUUUGUGUCAGCAGUGGUGUCCUCCUAGGUCUCCUACCAUAGCGUCCCUUUUAAUUCAGAUGGCGACGGAUAGUGCGAGCUGACACUGUUGUACCCUGUGUCUGCAGAUCAGCUUGAAUUUGUUUGGAAGUUAAUCAGGGUUCUUUAUCCACCAUUCAAACAAUCCUUUGUAACUUUUCAUUAAUUUUGCUCUUCCGUCCACGUCCAGGGAGCUACAGUGCCAUGGGCUGUAAACCUCUUGAUGAUAUUGCGCACAGUGGACACAGGAACAUUAAGAUCUCUGGAGAUGGACUUGUAGCCUUGAGAUUGUCUCGUGUUUUUCCACAAUUUUUUCUCUCAAAUCCACAGACAACUCUUUACACUUCUUUCUUUUCUCCAUGCUCAGUGUGACACACAACACAAAGGUUGAGUCAACUUUUCUCCAUUUUAACUGGUUGCAAGUGUGAUUACUAUAUUGCCCACACCUGCUACUUGCCACAUGUGUGUCUAAAUACAAAUGACAAGGUGCCAAUAAUUUUGUCCAGUCCAUUUUUGAGUUCUGUGUGAAAUUUUAUCAAGUUUGACUUUUCUUCUCUGUUUUUCUGUGUUGUUGCAGUGGAAACAAAAAGAAUAAGCACGUGAAUACCAAAACUUUUGCAAUUGGAACAAUUUUCUGAGAGAAGUGUUGCAUUUUCUGACGGAAUUGCAAGGGUGCCGAUAUUUUUGGCCAUGACUGUAUAUCAUAUAAACAAGUGUGUGUGGUGUGUGAGUGUGUGUGUGUGUAAAUAAAAAUGUAAAACUGUUGAAUCAAAAGUGCCCAACAAGGCUACAAAAAUUUAAAUCAGUUUGUUUCAAUGCUAAGCAAAAUUCUAAAACAAAUUCCUCUACCAUAUUCUUUAUUAUUAUUCGCAUUCAUAUCCAACUAAAUUCAAUGACAUGCUGCAAAUGUGCAGACAUGGAUAAAUUGUUGUCUGCUUAUUAAUUAGCUAGAGCUUAUUAAUUCAAACAGUGCACAAUUACUGAAAUAUUAAUGUCUAUCAAAGUCUUUAAACAACUAAUAUAAUUAAUAAUUUUUAUGGCAGUUCUUGAAAGAAAAAUGGAGAAACAUCAUCUUUGAAGAGUCUAAAUCAGCUAACAUUAAAGCCUUGUAUAAAACACCUUUGUUUUUACAUCAUAGUGUCUUUUUUCAUACAUCCUACUAAUUUAUUUUUGCCUUUGUACAUAACUUGAAAAAAAAAAACGGACAACAUAAUACAUGACAAUAUUUUAUCAUGCUUUUCAAUAAAUUAAAAAGAAAAAUUGUUUAUCCAGUAUCUUCAGACCAACACAUUUUUAUAGUUUUCGUUAUCACCAAAUCCUCAGUUCACAGGCUAUAACAUUUCACAGAUGAUUUACUGAUGAAUUUGUAACAAGUAGACUGAGUUUAGCCCUGACCUUAAGGUCAUUACUUUAACCUCCAGAGCUUUAACCCCCUGCACAUGUUUAGUUUGAUCCACUAUAACUCCCCUUCCUCUCUCCUAAAUCACAUCCGUUAAUCCCCACCAUCAGCCAGAGUACCAGCAGACCUGAACGACUUAAUGGCUUUACUGCAUCAAGCACACAAUUCGCUGUUUAUGGAUAAAAAAACAUGUUAACAGUUGCUUAUGAGUCAGUAAAAGGCCCUGUAGAUUUCCAGCCAGAUUAUAUCACGCUUGAUGUAUUCUACCAAAAUACACAUAAAUACCGUGGAACAAAAAAAUCAGGUUUGAGAUUAUUUACAGAUUUGGGUAAAAGAAAUCUCUUAAGCUAUCCCAGGCAAAUGUAGAACGCUUUGUCAACCCAAGGGAAACAUUUCUUGUUCUGUUUUAGAAUAAUGUGGUCAAUUUAAGAUGGCGAAGAAGCUUAGAGCAGUGUAAUUAGUUUGUUCUUCUGAAUGUGUGAAGGUUUCUCUGAGCUUGUAAGAGAAUAUCCUAGGAAAUCCCCCAUAUGUGCUUGAGUUACAUCAUACGUUUGUUUAUUGUAAUUAUGUUUAUUUGUAAUAUUCAGAUCUGCGCUCUUUUUUAUUGUCAUUAUUAACUUUGCCACAACUGGCAUACAUUUUUUUUUUUUUUGGUUUACUGAAACAAAAAGCUGUCGCACGAGUGUUUAAUAAAG